AUGGCUGAUCGCUACGUUGCCGUCCAUCAGACACCAAAUGGCCCUGGUGAUGCCCGUCCUACUGCAAUCCAGAUCAUCAAAGAUGAGCAGUUGGAAGGAAAGCUCUCUGGACAUGUUGCCUUUGUCACUGGUUGCUCAUCUGGUAUCGGCACUGAGACAGCGCGAGCUCUCCACCUCGCCGGAGCUACUCUUUUCCUGACGGCUCGCAGCCUGUCCAAAGCUCGAGCUGCGCUGCAAGAUAUUGCAGACAGCAGUCGUGUUCAUUUUCUCCAACUAGAUCUCGAAUCUUUCGAAAGCGUACGCACUUGUGCAGCCGAGUUCCUGUCUAAGAGCAAGUCACUGAAUAUACUGGUCCUGAACGCGGGCGUCAUGACACCUCCUGAAGGCCGGACCAAAGACGGCUUUGAGACACAAUUCGGCACGAACCACUUGGCACAUUUCCUGCUCUUUAAUCUCCUUCAGCCCGCGUUGUUGGCUAGCGUUACCCCACAGAGGGCGUCUCGGGUUGUCGUCGUGAGCUCUGUUGCCCAUCGAUUUGGAGAAGUCCAGUUUGAUGACGUUAACUUUGAAGGACACUAUGACCCUAUGGCCACCUAUGCGCAGAGCAAGACGGCUAACCUGUGGACUGCUAAUGAGAUUGAGCGACGUUAUGGUGCUCAAGGUAUCCAUGCUUGGAGUCUCCAGCCCGGCGCCGUUCAAACGGAUCUAAUGCGUCACUUGGGCGAAGAGCACAAGGGAGCAAUAAACACGGAUCCGUACCUUUCCAAGAUUUUCAAGAACCCUGAGCAGGGGGCUGCAACGAGUGUUUGGGCUGCGACUGCUGCGGUGUUGGAGGGCACGGGUGGUAAAUACCUGGAAAACUGUCAGAUUAUCGGAGCGUGGGAUCCUUCAUCCGGUAUGUGGGCUCCGGGAUAUGGAACCCAUGCAUAUGAUACGGAAAAGGCAAAGAAGCUAUGGGAAAAGUCUAUUCAGUGGGCAGGGUUAUAA